AUGUGUUUAAGUAUGCUAAGUCUCUGCAGAAACCUCUAAUUGUUAUAAUUAAUCAAUUGCCCAAGUACAUACUUUUUCUGCAAAUUUUCUUUAUAUAAUUCUGUCUUUUGUUAAUGUAGUUUCACGCAUUAAAGCAUGCAAUGUACGAGCAAAUUUUAAUUUCCAAGCUCCGUUUUUCAUUUCAGUGUUUUUUUAUUGACAUAAACUAAGUUCUUCAUUAUAUUCUUUUAAGAUGCUUAUACAUAAUUAAAAGUGUUCAUUAUUAUUUAAAAAUAUCGAAUUUAAAAAUUUUGUGGGAAUCUCUGUGUGCAAAAAUUUCUUUUGCCAAGUUGA